CUUUUUCAUCGUUCUGUGUAACCGAAAACUAAAAGUAGGCUCGUUUACUUGUUCUUGUCGUAUCCCUUUGCUCGGUCUAUCUCUAUGCUUUCAUCCCUUUAUAUUGAUUUCUUUGUCUUUCCUCCAGGCUGUCGAGCGCAGAAAUUGGAAUGAUCAAUGUAACAACUACACUGGACUAAUCUACUUGUUGUUCUUUCGAUAGCAUGUGUAGUUCUAGUUUGCUGCACGAUUCGAAAUUAUGAUGAUGCGGUUCUGCCUGAACCUGAAGAAAGGUUUUCGUUUUGACAUGCAGUUGUUGGUCCGAGAAAAAUGGAGAUGAAGAUUAGCAGGGCUUCCUAGGGAGUUGUGGACGUUGACGAAUUCAGUUCUCAGAGUGAAAAAUGCCGUUGGCGAUGCAAUUCAUCCGCGAUCACCCCGAGGCGGUGCGCGCUUCGGAGCGCGCUCGGGGUCGAUUAAGAGGUGUGGAAGGUAGCGAGGAUCUGGUCUCUCAAAUCCUGAAUGCAGACAAGGAGUGGCGUGCGGAGUGUACUCGAGAAAACGAGCUCAAUCGUCACGGAACUGAGCUGCAAGCUGAGAUAGCGCGUCUCAAGAAGGCCGCUGCAAAAAAAAGAGGGAAAGCUGAGGCCACAGCAGCCACUGAGCAAGUGGAAGGAGGGGCGCCAGCUGUAACGCUGGAAGAACUAAUAUCGGAAAGGAAAAAUGUAGUCGAAAGCUCCCGUGACGCCAAAACACAGUCUGCUCACCUUGCUGAAACUAGGGACAAGCUGGUCGCGCAAGUAGGAAAUAUUGUGAGAACACUCUCACCGUCACCUCCUAGUCGUGUGGUAGAAGGCGACUUUUCUGCUCCACACGACAAUGUGACCUCGGAAACCUCUCGGCAUGCGCAACCAGUACCACGAGAUCCUGCCAUACUCCGAAUGAAGGACUGCUCUUCUCAGCGCGCGAGGAUAAUCAAGCAGGAUGGACCUCCGUCGCCGGAGAGGCGUGCCGAUUCGACGGCCACACAAGUCCAAGAGCGGAAGGUGGUAUUACCCCACUGGGAGCUUCUCCGGCAGCUUGGAAUGAUCGAUACCAAUAACCGAGGGUCGAAAUUAGCCGGUAGCCGUGCUUAUUUUCUGACCGGGCCUGGUGUGUUGCUCAACAUGGCACUCCAAAACUACGCGAUGACGUUUUUGGCGCAGCGGGGUUAUGCACCGGUUGCGCCGCCACUGUGGAUGCGGCCCGAAGUGAUGGCGCAGACAGCGGAGUUAGCAGACUUUGACGAGCAGUUGUACAAAGUCGUGGUCCGGCCCCCGCGUGCUGAGAAAGACGGGGAAAAGGAACAGCGCAAAGGCGACGCCCCGAUCGUGUCUCAUCAUGGUCAAUCUGCUUCCUCAUCAAGUUUUACGUCAAGUUCGGCAUCCAAACCGGCUGCCUCUGCGUUCGACAAGAGCAACUCUCUGUACUUGAUCGCUACAUCCGAGCAACCCCUGUCGGCUAUGUUUGCUGGUGAGCGGCUUGACAGAAACGCCCUUCCAAUGCGCUUAGCUGGGAUCUCUCCGUGCUUCCGGCGGGAAGGCUCGCAACAUGGUUACGAGACGAAAGGCCUUUUUAGAGUGCACAACUUCGACAAAGUUGAACAGUUCGCACUCUGUCAUCCAACAGAUAGCGAUACAGUUUUAGCAGAUUUUGUCUCCAUAGCAGAGGAAUUCUAUGCGAGCCUUGGACUGUCGUACCGUGUGGUCCAGAUUCCUCCACAGGAGCUCAAUAAUGCAGCGGCUCAGAAAAUAGAUAUCGAAGCACUUUUUCCACAUCUCGACGUUGCGGAGGACACGGCUAAGUCUAAGAGAACAUCAAAGAUAACUACUUUUUCGGCGCGAAAGGAGCGGGAAACACGAACAGAGGACAUCGCCGCAGCCAUUAGUUCAGUCACAGGUCUUGAACAAGAAUUUGAAGGCACGUAUCGCGAGCUGGUAUCGUGUUCGAAUUGUACAGACUAUCAAUCUCGAGCUUUGAAUAUCUGCACAGGCGAAGGAAAGGACAAGGUUUUUGUGCAUUUGGUCAAUGCAACAUUAUGUGCGACACAGAGAACGAUUUGCUGCCUCCUGGAGAACUACCAAACCAGGGUCGGGGUAGUGCUACCUCCGGUCCUGAGACCGUUCUACUUCGGGGGUGCAUCGCCGCCUGUUACUUUCCUCCCUUUUACCGAGACAUGACUAAGAUUCUAAUCAAAUGCUGCCCCUACUGCUCCCAUUUUCUACACGGCAGGGAUGCGGACACUCAGCAAAACUUCCCAUAAGCUUCCUGAUUUGUGAGUCUUAAGGGCUUGUGAAGCACA